CAAACUUAUAAGAAGGAGACUGGCCUAGAUUACAUCUUAUUAAAUUGCACCUUUAAAGACUCCUACCCAUUCGAGCCACCGUUCAUACGGGUGAUACAGCCCGUAAUUAGUGCUGGGUACGUGCUGGCCGGUGGGGCAAUUUGCAUGGAGCUCCUUACUAAGCAUGGUUGGAGCAGUGCUUAUGGCUUGGAGUCACUGGUUCUUCAAAUAGCUGCCACCCUAGUAAAAGGAAAAGCCAGAAUUCAAUUUGGUGCUCCCAAA